GGUGUUGCCUCGAUUUUGGCUCUUACGUGGUUAGCCCUGGGUGCUUGCGUUGAGCUUAUAAAAAGCCAAGGCACAUCACUGCCCUCUCCCAGAGGCAGAGUUAACACAGAAAGUUAACUGAGUUCCGAGACUGGAGCCACUGAAACUUCUGGAAAAUGUAGUCCACAGUCAGAAAAGUGGAAGAUCGGCCAACAACGACUAAUUCAUCUUGUACUGAGCCCGGGCUUGGCGGAGCCCAGGAGACCGCUGGGAGUGCUAACCAGCCCAAGCAAAGCGCAGGCGCAGACUUCCAGGCUAGCCAUCGAAGUCUUUGUUUGCUGAGAGAGAGCGAGAGAGAGAGAAACAUCCAUCGGUUGCCUCCUGUAGGUGCCCCAGCCUGGACUGAACCUACAACCUAGGUGUGUGCCCACAACCUUUUGUGCUCCAACCAAGCCACCUGGCCAAGGAUAUAUUUACUGAUUUUGAGAGAGAGAGAGGAACAUCAUUGUGAGAGAGGAACAUCAAUCAGUUGUCUUCCAUACACACCACCACUGGGGAUUGAACCUGCAAUCUAGAAGAUACCUGAGAAAUUUAUAAAGAUACAUCAUGAAAGACGUCUUGUAAAGUCUCAUCCUUCUCCAUGAAAGCUAAAGAAAAACUCAGAAAACCUAGGAAACAAAAGUAUUUCAUCUGAUCACAGACAUUGAUUUUUACGACUACUGUGUAUUUGGGACUCAAUUUUAAAGAGCUUGUAACAUAAUAUGUACUUAAAUAUGAGAGAAGCUAAGAAAAAAUUAAGAAUGAAUGAGAAUGCUAUAUUUCAUUGUUUUGUAAUCUCCUAAUCUCAGGAUAAUGAAUGUGAAGAGAUUUCCAUUGUACAUUCAACUUCAUGAGAUACUUGAGAAUUGAUAUUGGAGGAAAAACCACGUAAAUUUAGUGAAUAUGGAAAAGCUUUCAUCUGUGACACGUCAAGAGAUACUAAAGGUCUUAUUGGAGAAAAUAUCUGCAUGAUAAUGUUGGAGAGCCUUCAGACCGAAUCAGAUAUCCUUCAGCCUGAUCAAAUUCAUACAAGAGAGAAAACUUAUGAGUGUAAUGAAUGUGGAAAAUCCUUUAGUCUGAAGCAAAACCUCAUAGAGCAUAAGAAAAUGAAUACAGGAGAGAAAUCACAUGAAUGUAAUGAAUGUGGUAAAGUAUUCUCUCGAGUCUCAUCUCUUAGUCUACAUUUGAGAAGUCACACAGGAAAGAAACCAUAUAAAUGUAGUAAAUGUGAAAAGGCCUUUAGCCAAAAGGGAAACUUCCUUUCUCAUCAGAAAUACCAUACUGAAGAGAAACCUUAUGAAUGUGGGAGAGCUUCUAUUGAGAUGCUAAGUCUUACAAAGCACCAGAGAAGUCAUACUAGAAAAUUGUAUGCAUGUAAGGAAUGUGGGAAAGCCUUCAAUGGCAAAUCAUAUCUCACUGAACAUCAGAAAAUUCAUAUGGCUGAGAAACCAUUUGAAUGUAAUCAAUGUGGAAGAGCCUUCAGCCAGAAGCAAUACCUCAUUAAACAUCAGAAUAUUCAUAGUGGAAAGAAACCCUUUAAAUGUAAUGAGUGUGGAAAAGCCUUUAGCCAGAAGGAAAACCUUAUUAUCCAUCAAAGAAUACAUACUGGAGAGAAACCUUAUGAAUGUAAAGGGUGUGGGAAAGCUUUUAUUCAAAAGUCAAGCCUCAUUAGACAUCAGAGAAGUCAUACAGGAGAGAAACCCUAUGUAUGUAAGGAAUGUGGGAAAGCCUUCAGUGGCAAAUCAAAUCUCACAGAGCAUGAGAAAAUUCAUAUUGGAGAGAAACCCUAUAAAUGUAAUGAAUGUGGAACAAUCUUUAGGCAGAAGCAGUAUCUCAUUAAACAUCACAAUAUUCAUACCGGAGAGAAACCCUAUGAAUGUAAUAAAUGUGGAAAAGCCUUUUCUCGAAUUACAUCACUUAUUGUACAUGUGAGAAUUCAUACAGGUGAUAAACCUUAUGAGUGUAAAAUAUGUGGGAAAGCCUUCUGUCAAAGCUCAUCUCUUACUGUGCAUAUGAGAAGCCAUACAGGUGAGAAGCCCUAUGGUUGUAAUGAAUGUGGGAAGGCCUUCUCUCAAUUUUCAACUCUUGCUCUUCAUAUGAGAAUCCAUACUGGAGAAAAGCCUUAUCAGUGUAGUGAAUGUGGGAAAGCCUUCAGCCAGAAGUCACAUUAUAUUAGACACCAGAGAAUUCAUACUCAUUAAAGCUCUAUGAAUGCCUUGAAUUUAGGAAAACCUUCAACAGAAUUCAUACUUUAUUGCACAUUAAAAAGUCAAUCUUACUAUAAAGUGACAUGAAUGUGAAGAAUCCUUCAGCAAUUCAAACUUAAAAUACUGAGAUAUUAGGUAAAAAGUAUGGUGUUAUGAAAACUUAUACCUCCAGAGCCCCCACAACAAGCAUAAUUUUAAUGCUGUAUUUCUUAGGAACAUUCUCAUUGAAGUAAGGAUCCAGUCAUGGGCACCAAUCAACAUGGUUCUGGAAGGCGUGCCUGAUGCAUUAAGACAAAAAUACAAGAGGUAUAAAGAUUUAUAAU